CGGUUCAACGCGUCGCGUGGCUUUGCCAUCCACUUCAAGGCCAACCCUCACUCGCGGACGGAGGGUUGUAGAUCUCGAGUGUGCGGAUGCCCACGUCGGACAAUGGCAACCCGUUAAGCGCCAGCCCUAUUCGACAACAUCCCAGAAACCCACGAACUCGAGCGACCCACAUCCCGAUGCUGGUUCGUCAAGUUCGCAACAUACGCACGACCAAGCCACGCGUUCUACACCCCACUUUCAACAACGAGAUGCGAAGGAUGGAGACAGGCAGGGCAUGUUCUCGUUCCCGACGUCGCCGCUGUUUGAUUCGGCCUUGACCACUUUGGUGGGCAUUGGUAUACUGUUCCUCGGUGGCGUCGCUUACGUCGAAUGGUACAAGAAACGUGUCCUCGACAAGAUCGAACUCGCGUUCGCUAAGGGAUACGACCCGGCACUCGAGCUGGCUGACUUGCCGCAUAGGGUGAAGAACGAGCACUGGGACAAGGACAUACCGCUCAGGGCAUGGACCAGCCAUCUUCGCCGCGAGGACCAAGACGUCAUAGAUGCGAUUGUCAAGGGUGAAGCUGUAGGGAACUAUUACUGCUUAAUGGGCCCAAAGGGCGCAGGGAAAUCUACCCUGAUCUUCGAUGCGAUGCGAACGAUCCAGGCAGAGGGUGUGGCUGUUCUCGAGGCCCAUCCAGACCUCGAAGUUUUCCGCCUGCGUUUAGGUAAGGCGCUGAAUUUCGAGUUCAACGAAGAUACACAGACAGGGCUGUUCCAGCGGCGAGACCCUAGGGAAGCCGGCCCCGAGCUAGAUAUUGAACGAGCGCUAAACAAGUUGGAGAAGGUUGCCUUACGUGCCGCUAGGAAACGAGGAAAGCCUUACGUACUGAUCUUCAACAACGUGCACCACUUCAAGAAUGAUGACGCCGGACGGAACAUGAUCUUGCAGCUUCAACAGCGUGCAGAAACCUGGUCGGCGAGCGGUAUAGUCACAGUCGUCUUCGCCACUGACGAUUUCUGGCCUUUUCUUGAGCUCCGUCGUGCUGGGAGCCGAAUGAGGAUCCUUUCGAUUCGCGACCUGGACCGCGCUCAGGCUUGUCAUGCGCUCGCACUCUUCCGGCACGACCGGCACGGGCAAUCCGCCACGCAGGAGGCGAUCGAGCAGUACCACAACGCCGUAUCACUCAUCGGCGGGCGACUCUCUGUUCUUACGCGCAUCGCGCUCGACAAGGACGUCGAUGCGUCCGCGCGCAAGCUGGUUCAGGCUGAGAAGGCGUGGCUGCAGAGCCUGAUUGGUCUUAUCCCGGAUCUCGACGACGACGUCAUGGAUGAGCAAAAAUGGAGCUCAUGUUCGUGGCUGCUCUUGAAGGAGUUUGUCGAGCAGCACCGUGAGCAGGAGAGGUUGCACGAGGGUUCGCGUGACCCGAUUGAUUUGCCCAAGAUACCAUAUUGGCGUUGCCGGCAAAUCAUGACGCGACCUGACUUCCUAGAAGACCUUGAUAGAGCAAACAUAAUUUCCAUCGACGUCAACCUCGACGUUCGGCCCGACUCGAUGUUGAUCUUACACGCCGCACGUGAAGUCGUUGAGGAAGAGAAGUUCGACGACAUGCUUGAUAAUGUUCGCGCUCGUGUCGAUGAGAUUGAAGGCUUGCACCGCACUCGGGAGCUUACCUUCAAGAAUCUGAACGAGGACGACGUUCUCCAUCUGGUUGUUGAUAAGAAGGAGCGCAAGAAAAGCUGAUUUUCGGACUAGAUGUUGACAUAAACUCGAUCAUAGGACGAUUGAGCACUUGAAGCCAUCGUAGGCUUUCGUGGACCUUUCGCAUUUUAUUAUGAUAGAAUUUAGCUAAUACCCCAGUCUAAUCGCACAUAUUUUCGUUCCUUUAAAUGACGUUUGGACGCCGCUAUCGUCCCCAGCCGCGCUGAACAUUCCCGAGAUUGAAUACAUCGAUCUUCGAUUCAUUAGAAAACAGUGAGCCCUGACGUCGUUUAUGUUAUGCCCCUAGGUUUUGAAUUGUAUUCUUU